AAGAAAAAAAGAUGUUAUGUUCCAAUUAAUCAAUGCCUUUGAUUUCAUUUCAUUAAGUGAACAUUUCAAAUCUCUCGUUGUUCUAGCUUUGUUAUAUUUUGUUCUUUAAGAGAGAAGACAAAUAGAGAUGGAGAAUCAUCAGAGUACAGAAUCAUCGGCAUCUGACAAACAUACAACCAUUCAUGAUUGUGCUGAGUCAGGGGAUAUUGAGGCGUUUCAGAAGCUCCUUCAAGAUAACCCGUCUCUUCUCAAUGAAAAAAAUGCAAUUAUGUUGGAGACACCGCUUCAUCUUUCUGCUGCUACCAACAGGACAGAUAUAGUGAAAUUUCUGCUUGAGUGGAAAGGAGAUGAUAAAGUUGACUUGGAAGCGAGAAAUAUGUAUGGAGAAACUCCAUUGCAUGUAGCAGCCAAGAAUGGGUGCAACGAAGCAGCAAAAUUACUUCUUUCUCAUGGUGCUCUUGUUGAAGCCAAAACUAAGGUGCUCUAUACAUAUUUGAACAUUAUAUUCUCGUUCAGAAAUGCUUCUUCUGAAAAAUGUGAGAGUGAUAUAUUUUUCUUCUUUUUUUUCCACCAUUUUUACAUGCAGUAUGGAGUGACACCAUUAAUGCUUUCUGUUUUACACUCAAUUCGAGCUAAAGACUGUUCAACUGUCGAGACAUUGCUUGAGCACAAAGCCGAUUGUGAUGCUACAGAUGAUAAGGACAUGAAUCCUGUAGAUUAUGUUUCAAAAAUCCAAGGUAAUGGGAAGUUGCUUGAUUUAAUACUCCCUCGUCAACAAGAGGAACGACAGAAGAAGUUACAAGAAGCAUGUAGCAAGCAAAAAGAAAGGAUGGAUGCCCUCGAAAAAGAGCUGUCAAAUAUUGUGGGUAUGGAUGAACUCAAGAUGCAACUUCGAAAAUGGUCAAAGGGCAUUCUUUUGAAUGACAGGCGCAGGGCCAUUGGAUUGAAAAUCGGCACUGCUGGAAGACUUCCUCACAUGGCAUUUCUAGGAAAUCCAGGAACGGGUAAGACUAUGGUGGCUCGAAUCCUUGGUAGACUACUCCAUAGUGUGGGAGUUUUGGAAACCGAUAAAGUAAAAGAAGUUCAAAGGACAGAUUUAAUUGGUCAAUAUAUUGGUCAUACUGGACCAAAGACUAGGAGUAAGAUCAAAGAAGCCGAAGGAGGCAUUCUUUUUGUAGAUGAAGCAUAUCGACUAAUACCUGAGGAGAAAAGUGGCCGUGAUUAUGGAUUAGAAGCCUUAGAAGAGAUAAUGUCUUGCAUGGACGAUGGAAAAGUUUUAGUCAUAUUUGCUGGCUAUAAUGAAGCAAUGAAUCGUGUAAUAUCUUCUAAUGAAGGUUUCAGCAGAAGAGUUACUAACCUUUUUAAUUUCAAAGACCUGAGCUGUGAAGAAUUAGCUAAUGUUCUCUGUAUCAAGAUGAAAAAUCAGCCGAAGGAUAGCUUGUUGUAUGGAUUUAAAUUGCAUUCAGAUUGUACCGUGGACGCCAUUGCAGAGUUAAUAAAGACAGAGACAAUAAAAACACAGCGUAUGAAGAUGAAUGGAGGUUUGGUGGAUAUAAUGUUAAAUAAUGCCAAGGGGAAUUUGGAUCUUAGGCUUAGUGAUGAUUGUGCAGAGAGGGAUGAAUUGCUUACUAUCAAAUUAGAGGAUUUUGAAGCGGCCAUGGAGUUUAUACCCGAAUAAAUGUUUGGCUUUAUGCCUUUUUGAA